UUUUUGUUCUUGUGUUUAAUAAUUAGUCUCAAUGAACCACCUCUGAUGACUGGCUGUUAUGAGCCCAACCUAAAACUCAGACAGGCAGAGCGACUGUUUGAGGAUCUGCUUAUCGGCCCAGAAUCCCUUGCUAACAUUGGAGAUGUUUUAUACACUGGGACGGCUGAUGGAAAGAUCGUCAAAAUCGAGGGAAGGAGCAUUCAUGUAUUAGCAACACUUGGCAAGCCACCAUGUGGCUCUGGAGAGCAUGAACACACUUGUGGACGUCCCCUGGGAAUCCGUGUGGGGCCCAAUGGCACUUUGCUUGUAGCCGAUGCCUAUUUGGGACUGUUUGAGGUCAAUCCUGUCACAGGUGAGGUGAAAUCUCUGGUGAGCACAGGGAAGAUGAUCGGUGGUCGACGUCUGGGUUUUGUCAAUGAUCUGGAUGUAACUCAGGAUGGGAAAAAGGUGUACUUCACUGACUCCAGCAGCAGAUGGCAGCGCAGAGACUUCAUGCACCUGAUCAUGGAAGCCACGGCAGAUGGACGUGUGCUUGAGUAUGAUACGGAGAGCAAGGAAGUGACCGUGAUGAUGGAGAACCUGAGGUUUCCAAACGGCAUCCAGCUCUUCCCUGAUGAGGAGUCUGUUCUGGUGGCUGAAACCACAAUGGCCAGAAUAAGGAGAGUUCAUGUUUCUGGUCUCAAUAAAGGAGGUAUGGAUACAUUUAUAGACAACCUCCCGGGAUUUCCCGACAACAUUCGGCGCAGUUCUUCAGGUGGAUACUGGGUUGCCAUGUCCGCUGUGCGACCCAGCCCUGGCUUCUCCAUGCUUGACUUCCUGUCUCAAAGACCCUGGUUAAAGAAGCUCAUAUUUAAGCUCUUCAGUCAAGAUACUCUUUUGAAGUUUGUGCCACGCUAUAGCCUGGUGGUAGAGCUGCAGGACGGUGGGAUAUGCGUGCGCAGCCUCCACGACCCACACGGCAUGGUGGCGGCCUACAUCAGCGAGGCACACGAGUACAAUGGCCACCUGUACCUGGGCUCCUUCCGCUCGCCGUAUCUGUGCAAGCUGGAUCUGAGCAAAGUGUGAAACACGUCACGAACCUAACAGAUGCUCCACUUGAGUCAUUUCACCCUGGCUUCCAAACUAACAGAUUUUGAAGCAAUUAACAUUGGCAAACAUCAACAAGACUUAUUAACAUCUUUCAUAUUACAGUCAACCCAGUCCCUUCAUUUGAUCACCAUUCUCUUCAUUUAGCUCUGACAGACGCCUGUAUUUUUGUUCCAUUAACCCAUGUGGGCGACUUCCUUUUUUUAGCAUAAUAAGCUCUCUGGCGGGCUGUUUUUUAAAUCAAACGAAGUGCCAUUACUAUUUUUGUUUUUCCCCCUUGUGACAGAAAUUAUGCCGUUUCUGUAGUUGUAUUAUUUGCACCGACCGUCGUCUGGCCCUUAAAAUAGAGCUGCCAAAAGUUUUUUUUAAAGGCGCUGUGAUACAAAACAAGAUGACUGGUAAAAAACAAUAAUAAUUUCCGUUGGUGGCAGCAUUGAGAUGCUGUUUGUGGGAAGUGAAAGGGUAUGUUAAUGUCAUUAUAAAAUGAAUCUGCUGAAACAUACCUCUAUAAUUAUCUCUGGUUUAAAAAAAUGCUCCAGUGUUUGAAUGUUUUGGUUUAUUUUUAAUUGAGUGGUUGAAAGUAUUAAUUCCUUAUUUUGUGCUUAUGCGUCUUCAUCACUGUUUGUAUAUGUUGCUGAAAUGAGAUCUGCGUCACUCUCGGCUGAUAAAUGAUGCUGGCUUUGUAGUAUUUAGCACACCUUUACACAAGUAUCUUGUGUGUUUUCAGUUCAUAUUUAUAUGUUGUCUAUAAGAGUGAUCAGCAAUAAUAUACUGUAACAGUGGUUCUCAAAUGGUGAGCUGUGGCCCACUUGAUUGGACAACAGUGAGGAAAAAAGAGCAAUGCUAAAUUAAAAUAAAUCAAUCAAUCUUGCGUAGAUGGGAAAGCUAAAUAAAUUGGCUUAAAGGAAUAGUUCACUGAAAUUUACUGAAAAUGUACUCACCUUCAGGACAUCCAAAAUGUA